UCCACAGUCACAAUGAUUUGCUGCUGUUUCAGUGUUUCCCGAGAAAAACUGACAAGAACCAAUUUGGUUCACCGUGUGGCGUUUUGUACCUUUAAAAAAAUAGUUUGAAAGAAAUAAGUCUUGAAACUUUCAUUGCACUAUCUUGGUACCGCCUUGUUGUGACUGCGAUUUUCUUAUCCUUUUAUUAAUUUAUUGGCAUGGCGGAGGAUAAGUCAGCCCAGUUCGACGGGAUGCUGUUUGCCAUGGCUCAGCAGCAUCCUGGCGGGGUUCCUGAGCUUUUGGAUACGAUUUUCGGGUUUUUAGCCCGAAAAACUGAUUUCUACACAGGCGGAGGUCCUGGAGCCGCGGAGAAGCUGGUACUUGGUGCCUUUCGGAAACAUGAGAAAUCAGCUGUUGGCGUGAAGGAGGCUGCGCAAAAAGAUCGCGAAACACGACAAAAGAAGCAAGAGGAGAAGAAAGCCAAGGAACGCGAACAGGACGCCAAAACGGCCAUGCAGGCUAAUGAACCGCGCAUUCAAGAAUUAACGGACGAGGAAGCUGAAAAGCUGCAGAAAGAAAUUGAUGCGGAAAAGAACAAGCCGUCCGGGACACCUGUUUCGCCGGUAGCGAACGACCAAGCCAAAGGAGAUGCAACCAAAACAGAGGAAGAAGAGGAUGAGGACGCCAAAGGAAAGGUUCCUCCUAAUGCCGCAAACGGCUGCGACUUACCGAAUUAUCGUUGGGGACAAUCACUUUCCGAAAUUGAGUUGGAUGUUCCUUUGAAAGUUGCCCCUAACCUCCGACUGAAAAGCAGUGAUAUUGUGGUUGUAUUCGAGCAGCAGCAUCUCCGUGUUGGCGUGAAAGGCCAGACACCGAUCAUUGACGGUGAUCUUCCGCAUCGAGUAAAAGUGGAAGAAUGUACGUGGUUUCUUGAAGGCAAAAGCGGCAUCCAUUUGACACUCGAAAAAAUUAACAAGAUGGAAUGGUGGGACCAGCUUGUCACCAGUGAUCCCCUGAUUAACACCAAAAAAGUCAGUCCCGAGCCGUCCAAACUGGGCGAUCUGGAUGCGGAUACGAGGCCUUUUGUUGAAAAAAUGAUGUAUGACCAGCGCCAGAAAGAACUCGGUUUGCCGACAUCGGAAGACCAGAAAAAGCAGGAUCUUUUGAAGAAGUUCAUGGAGCAACACCCCGAAAUGGAUUUUUCGAAAGCCAAGUUUUCCUAAAACCUGAAUUCCGUUGUGGAAUUUCUCGUGCCAGAGCUGUGGCUUUAAUUAGGUGUUUUGUACUUUCCUGAUAUUUUCUCAUUCUUAUUAAAUAGCAGUCCAUCCUUUUUGGUCGGGAGAUUAUCCGCAUGAGUCGUCUGCGGUGUUGCUGCGGAAGUUAGUGCAUAAAGUGAUAUCUCCGUUAA